AGCAUUGGUGGCAUUGGAGUAGGAGGGAUGGGAAACAGGAAAAGCAGUGACUGGAGCAGCAGCAUUGCAAUAUUGGGGAGAAGGGUCUUGAUGGAAAAGCGUGAAGCCAUUGGUGGGAGGAGAAAUGGGAAGAGGAGGAGGCAAGGUCCCCAAUUGCAAAGGCAGAACAGAAUCAGUGGACGAGAUCUCCUGCUGCUGCUGCUGCUGAUUGUGCUGUCGGUAGAAUGCCAAUUGUGCCUGAACAGCCUGGAGCUCCUCCUCGGCCAGCUGAAUUUUGAGCAUGAGCUGCUGUAUCUCGGCCACACAUCCAUAAACUGGGUAUUUGGCACGGGCGUUAGCUUGGUCAAUUAUAGACUUCAUGGCGACGCCUCUCUGGCUAGGAUCAAUUUGCUUAAGUAUUUUGAUUAUAUUGCUUACCCCAAACAGCCUGUGUGCAUUUUGAAACAUGUUAGGUUGAUCAGCUGGGAAAUAGGGUGCCAAAGGGCAGUCAACUUUGCACCUCCUCCUCUGGUACUUGCAAGAGGCACAGGCCUGGCUGGUGCCACCCUUCCGAGUCAUCGUUGCAAAGCAUCAAACCAACAAACAGGGGUCUUAUUAAUUCCGGCAACGGCGCGCGAAGGACUUGGAAGCUCGGUUCUUUUGGUUCUUCUGCAACCACAGCUUCAUCUACUACUACAGGUUCUACUUUACCAUUUGGAUCAGGCGCGUUUACCACUUCAAAUGCAUUUGGAGCUUCUUUGGGUUCUGGGUAUUCAACAAAUUUAUUUGGAUCUACUUCUUCCCUCCAGACUACAACCUCCGUUAGUUCCCCAAUGUUUGGAGCAACAACUUCUUUUGGAGCUUCUACACCUUUUGGGUCUUCCUCAGGCUCAUCAAAUUUGUUUGGUACAGGUGUAGCCUCUGGAUCUUCAUCUAAUUCAGGUACAGUGCAUACUGUUUGGGACAACAGCUCCUGCUUUUGGAGCAUCAUCAGUUUUGUCAACCCCUGUAUUUUCGUCGAGCUUUCCUAGUCCUUCGCCGUUUGCCGAGCUUUCCAAGUCCUUCCCUGCCGCCGGAAAAGUGCAAGAAAAUAGGGUAGCUCGCCGGAGAAGAAGAAAGAGGUGUGAAAUGAAUAAAAUGCCCUCAUUAUUUAGGGUUUAGAAUU